CUUUCUUAAAGGCUGAUUGUUGCGCCAGUUUCGUGAUGUCUAAACUCAAAACAGUCAUUUGGCCGAAAGUGAUUUUAUUUGGGGACUCCAUCACACAGUAUUCAUUUCAAGCCAAUGGCUGGGGUGCAGACAUUGCCAACAACCUUGCAAGAAAGUGUGAUGUUGUCAACAGAGGACUCUCUGGUUAUAACUCCAGAUGGGCCAAAAUCGUUUUGCCUCGGCUCAUCAACAGCUCAAACUCAGCGGACAACAACAUAGCUGCUGUCACUGUCUUCUUUGGAGCCAACGACUGUGCACUGGAAGACAAAAACCCAGCACAACACGUACCUCUGCAGGAGUAUUCAGAGAAUCUGAAGGAGAUCACCAGGCUUCUGGUUUCCGCUGGAGUGUCUACAGACAGAGUUAUUUUCAUCACCCCUCCACCACUUCAUGAGCCUGCCUGGGAGAAGGAGUGCUUUCUGAAAGGAUGUCCUCUCAAUCGCCACAACUCUGUGGCAGGGCAGUAUGCCCAGGCGUGUGUCCAGGCUGCCAGUCAGUGUGGUGCAGACGUCCUGGACCUCUGGACUCUCAUGCAGAAAGAUGGACAGGACUAUUCUGUCUAUCUGUCUGAUGGGCUGCAUCUCUCAGAAAAGGGAAACCAGUUUGUAGCUAAGCACCUGUGGGGACUGCUGGAGAGCCGUGUGGCCGAUCUGCCCUUCCUUCUGCCUUACUGGGGAGACGUGGACCCCAAGAGCCCAGAGAGCAGCCUCCUCUGUGACCAGUGAAAGAGUGGACUUCGUAACCCAACCGCUGACCAGCACUCUUUUUUGCACAGAGAGCCUGACAUGGGCCUGCUUUCCUGCUGUGAAACAAUGGAGCAGCCGAUUAAUUUUUUGCUGGAAUGUAAAAUGCGACACCAUCUAUUAAUGUCUAAAAUGCACAAUAAAGAUUUUUAUUUUGAGAUGUGUGCUAUUGUAAUGCAAGCAAGAAACUUUAAAAACUCAGGGCAGACUUUUAUAAACAUAGAAACAUUAGAUAUACACAUCAUCAGAAUAUAUAUGACACAGGACACCUGCUUGUUGUGUAACAUCAAGCCAUUAGAGCCACUGUUAUCUACACAGUGUAUUUUUUUUCCUUGACCUACAGAUAAAUACAAAGAUGUGACACAGCAGGCAACAGUGGUGAGACAGCAUUAACUAACAGAGAAGUGCGUAACUCACAUUGGCACAAGGACAGGAAACCAAGCAGAAAAAAAAUAACAUUUGAUCACCUCAGGAAUUUUCUUUUAAAAUAAAAUUCAGGAUUGUCCAGAUUCACUUUUCAUUUUUUUCAAGUUUUGCACAGAGAUAAGUUAAAUGUUUAGGCACAAAAUUGAAAAAGGCACCAUGUUUCACACAGAUGAUACAACCUUCUCUUAAAGCUUCAACAAGCUGGACAAAUAAGUGAAAUACUUAAGAAACUAUCACUCGCCUCCACAGUGUUAAAACAUCGCAUCCUUAAGUAUAAAGGGGCCAAAUAUAACAGAAGCCAGCUUUGGUUUUUUUUUAAAGGAAAUCUUUCAGGACACACAGCACAGUAAGAACACAGAAAACUUAUUUAUAUCCUCCAGUGAUGUGAAAAAUACUUCAAGUGCAGUUAUGACACAAAGAUUCAGGAAUAAAACAUUUUAAGGUCAAAGUUUGCAUCUGAAUAACAUUAUACUGAAAAAAUGACCACCGCUACAUCAUCAAUAUUAUGUUACACUAUUGACUGUUAAACUGUUAAAGGAACAAACCAGUGAGGUUAUAUUGGAGACAGGACUUUGUGCACAGGAGUUGAGGGGGAGAAAGGCCAGGAUGUUACCAUGAUAAUUCUGUUUUUAAAAGUUUAAAGUUCUGAUCCACGAUGAUAGCUCGAGUUUUGUUUGUGGUUUU